AGCGCAAGCAUUUUCAACUCGCAAUUAAGAAUCUGCCGUGAAUUCUUUAACAAAAAAUGUCUACCAAGGAGGAAGAAAUGGACAGCACAAUGUCAAAGAUCUUCGAGACGCUAAAUCUGAAUAGUUUGUCGACGGAGAUGCACAAUUUGUCGCUGAACGAGCUGAAAAGUUCCCUUACGAGUCUCGGGCAAUUCGUGAUUGUGGGUAAAUUUGACGGCGAGACAGCGGAACAACAAAAUUCCGUGACAAUUACCACAAAUGGCGACUCGGAAGCAACUUCAACGCAGAAUGGCGAGCAGGAACCAACAAAGAAGUAUCACGAUGAGAAAAUUUUCAACUUGUCAUGUCGGUGUGCGGAGUGUACGAAGCAUCGCGAAACUGUGAUUCAGUUAUAUUUGGAAGAUGCGAAAUAUAACGAGUUAUGGGAACGUCUGCAGAAGCAUCUUCUCUCGUUCUACGACAUUAUUCCGCAAUCUCCCGACUCGGCUGUCUUCAAAAAAUACAAGGAAUUGAUGGAAAAAAGUCACACAAAAUGGCUCAGCGACGGAUCGAUCGACUUGAAGAACAACUUUCGCCUCUCUUUGGGUUCAUAUCUGCCAUUGACGGACGAGAUGAUCUUCACGUUAUUGUGUAAUCGGGACCCCCAUCAACUGUUCGAACUGAUUUGUAUCCAAAUGCAAGCCGUUGUCCUCGCCUAUACGGAAGGCCUGAAGAACAUCCUGAAAUACAACGAGCAAAAAGAGGUUGUCGACUAUUGCCCAUCUGACUUGUUAAAUUACAUUUUUGAUGGUUAUGCGAAAAUUUGUCAUUGUGAGAAAACCUUGUCGACAAUUUUCUUCGAUUUGGAAGCCGGGCAUCUCUUACAAUUCAAUUUGUCGCUAAGUCAAGUCUACAAACGCAUGUAUCAUCGUUGGAUCUACCUGGAAUUGCAAAAACUCGUGCCGGAGUGCAUCCUGAAGCUCAAAGAAUUGGAUUAUGACGACAAUUAUACGGUUCUCGUGCAAAAAUUCAUCAAAUUUGAGGACGCAAUGACAAGUGUAACGCAAACGUGGCGCGAUAUCUGGCUGUUAAUCCAAAAUUAUCACAAAUCCAAAGAGGAUAUCGCGCGUCGCAAACGCAUCAAUACCGUUCAUUCGAUUUUUCAGGUGAUCCGGGACUCGGAAUUUGACUUUGACGAGGGUUUCGUACUUGAGGAUAAGCCAUUGGUUGAUUGGAUCACGUCUGAAAAGCGAAAUGACGUAUGGCAAUAUGUCGUGCACAAUAUAAAGACCAAUUGGAGCUCGUGUGCCGAAUCGCGUCUCACCGCGAAACUCGUUUCCGUGACGUGUGUCAAGUGUAAUUCGCCUUUUGUGCCGCACAUUGUGACUUGUGAGUGUCGUAGUUGUGUAAUUGCGGGCGGGCCAUCCAUAACAAGCGCCAAAAGUGACAAGGGAAAAGCGGCAUUGUGUACCAAAUGUAUCUUUUUCGAGAAAUUCACGAAUGGCGUGGUCGUGAAAAGGGCUGCAAACGAAGAUUAUCCCGCAGAAAGUCAUCCGGAAGCGGAAAAGGACCGAAAAUUGUAUCAUCUUGCAUGGGCAAUCUUCAAACAUAUCCCCGAUCGAGUCCAAUAUUCGAGUUCAACCAUUGAUCCGGCACUUUUUUGCGUCUUUCAGGAUGUUCCGUGCACGCGAUAUUCGUGUCGCGUUGCUGCCAACAUCAUUACUCUAACAUAUCCAUUGAAUUUUUCCAAAUAUCUCAUCAAGUACUAUCGCCAGUUGGAUGAAACGACACGAAAAAAGAUCAUGAGUCUUCAAAUGGACGCUUCAACGAUCAAAAAUCUCGAAACGCGUACAAGUGACAUCUUUUCGUCAAGUAAAAAACUUCAUCCGCUUCACGUGACCGACAAUAAAUGGGCUUCGAACGGGGAUUUGAGCGAAAAUGACGAUGAACCGAUGCGAAAAGCCUCCGCUCUGGCCGAAGGAUUUCUCGUUGACUUCCCAAUGCCGCAGAAAAAUGUAAUUUUUACGUAUUUUUUCAAGCUUUUUCGCAUCGUUGGGUCAGAUAUCGAAUUUAAUGCCGAUCUACUUGAUAACAUGAAGAAGCCCAACUCGAAAUUCGUGACGUCAGAGGUGAAUUCGGCGAAUGUAAGAUCACGCGGCGGCGAUCAACUCGAAGACAUCAACAUCCGGAUGAACAAUUUGAAGAUAAUGAACAAAGUUGUGCGACGUGAUUGCGGUUCGCCAUGCGAAAAAGGCACAAAAGACGGCGAAAUCAAGAAACCUUUGGUCGAAGCGUUGCAAUUAGCGGCAAGUAACAAGAAACUCGAAGCGGAAUUACGUUCGUUGCAAAAGGAACAUAGCAUGUUGAAGGAUAUGGUGCGCGAUUUGGAACACAUUCACGAGGAAAAGCAUCAGUGCAACCAUUCGGAAGACGAAUCCAGCGAUUCGCGCGAAAGUAAAAGCUCCCAUCGCACCGAAGGACAAUGCAUUUGCUAUUAUUGCACGAUUUUCGGGCAAAAUGACUGCUCCCAUAAUAGUCGCGUCAACGAAACUCGUGAUAGACUGAGAAAACGGUUGCGAAAAAUGCAAGCUACAACACCCCCAAUUACGGCAAAUGGCAAAGAACACAAACCUGUGACGCUCAAAGACAUCAAAAUGGCACGCGCCAAUGCGAAUCUCGCGAAAAAUGUGAAAAAUCCCGAGCCGCCGAAGGGAAAAAGGAUCGUUUAUCAACAAACGACGCCAAAUGCGAACCAAAUUCCCGCAAAAAUGCCCGUUCAAGCGAAAUCUGUGACAUGUACGAUGCCUCCGAGAGCAGUUGUUCCUCCCACGCCCUGUCCUGAAACGGAAUCCGUACAGAAAAUUACUCCAAUUAACUGUGCCCCGGUCGAUGACAUCCUGAAAUUCAUCGAAGGUGACGCCGCGAAGAAGGAAAAAGAAGCAUUAGCAGCAAAAAAGGCGCAAAAAAAGAAACAAAAACAACGAAAAAUGGAGCAAAAGAAGAUUUCAGAACUGGAAGACCUUAAAAGUCAACAUGAUGAACUUUCUGUGGAGGAGGAUGAGAUAAGGAAAUCUUUGAAACUCUUGAAAAAACGUAAAAAUAAGAAUCGUUUGAUGCAAGCUGAGGAACGUUUGGUUGAAUUGAGUGGUUUGAAGAGUGAAUUGGCCUCAGCAGCGAGCGAGAUAAUUCAAACGAUUCGCAAAACAAACCCGAAUUUCCAUUUCGGGGACUUUGGAGAGGUAGAAGACGAUGAAGAUGAGGAGGAAAUUCAGGUGCAAGAAGAGCCGCAAACGCCGCAAAAACAAGCUGUGAUGAAUGAACAACGAAAUUGCGAAAUUUCCGUGGAUCCCUCGAAGAGAAUGGUAACGAUUAGGCGCAUAAAUUUGCCGCAUUCAGAACCUCAAGUGACAGUUACGGCAAAAGGAGCGUCGCCAGAUAAGGAUCAGCUGCUUUAUACUUUUAUCAAUGGGCAACUUGUUCCAGCUUCUCCCGCAAACCAACAGCUUCUGCAAAAAAUCAAGAGUCAAGCAAGUCAGUAUACCCAAAACUACUUGAAGCCUCAAAAUCCAACGUUAAAUGUUCCGCCGCCGCCGCCUCAAGCAACGCAAGAGCCUCAAGAUCCUCCGCAAAAAUACCCCGUCGUCAUCAAGUCAAACGUGAAAAAACCCAACGCGAUUCAACUGCAAAAAAUCCAACAAAAAAUCCAAAAACAACAACAAAAAAAUGCCGAAAUGGAAAAGAAAGCUCUGAACAACAAACAGCAACAACAGGAAGCAAAAUCAAAGAAAAAAGUCGAAAAACCCGAAGAAAUCCCAAAAAUUCCUCCUCCUGCUGCGAAAUCGUCGAACAAAAAAGACUCGAAAAAGGUCGAAAGUAAACAAGAAAAAAUCGAAACGAAAAACAACAAGAAAAACAAACAAAAAAGUGAUAAACGACAAUCGAGUGUGGAAAAGACUGAAGAAAUUCCGAAGAAGGAAAAGCCAAAACGACAUGCCUCGACGUACAUUGACCCGGAAUUCGACAACAACGCCUUUAAACUUCUAAAUAUCGACGAUUCCGAGUCAGAUGGAGACUUGCCGUCAUCUUCCGAGGCUUCAACUGUCAGUUCUGAGCAAAUUGCGCCGCCGCCAAAGCCUGAAAAUACAAAGACUCGAAGUGAAAAGUCACAAAAUUCGCAAAAAUCUAAAACAAACGAACCGCAAAAGCAGAAAAAUGCCAACGAAAGAAAGCAAAGUACGGAUUCAAGCACUUCCGUGAAGGCUGGGCGUAAUAAAAUUAAUGAAAAAUUGACAAAUGGAACGAAAAAUCAAGGGAAAAAUGCAAAAGAGAACGGAAUACAGGGAAAAUCGACACCAAAAAGCGACGUAAUGAGCAAAAACAUGCAAGAUAAAGUAAAUGGCGUGAGUAUUAUGGAGCAAUUAAGUCGCGGCGUUCGAGUUGAAGGCUUAACAUUGCCUCCGGGCAUCACAUUGACCCGAAUUGAUCCUGCCGCAUGCGAAAAUAUCAAAGCAAAGAAGGAAUCCAUCAACAAAAUAAGUCAACCUUUGACCACAGUCGUCGCCGAUCAUCAUCCCAUGAUGAAUCCUUACUCAGAAUCGAAUUAUUUGGUCGCGAAUCCAACUGCAGCUUACGGAAUGCCCAAACAAGACAACAUAAUUAUGGUUGAAACGCCUCAAUUAGCGACAAAAUCCGUAAAUGGGCACUCGAACGAUGAACCAAGCAAGAAAUCUCGACGUCGUCGCAAGAAGAAAACUGCCGAAAAUGGUCAAGUAGAGCAAAAAACCACUUCGCAGCCGAAAAAUAAACGAGUCAACAACGAAAAUGUGUCGAACAACAACAUGGUAACCCUCAAAAAUCCCAUGUUCGAUUCCGUUAGUCAAACAAUCAGCAAAAAAGCUGCUUCAGUGAUGUCAAAUCGAGCUCCAAUCCCGUCGUACGAUCAACCCGCAGCGAUAAUUAAGAACGAAAACGGCAUGUUUACGAUUCGAAAUCCUGCGUUACAUCAAGCGAUCUCUCACGGGCAAGUUAAUACCUUGCCGCAUUACAGCACUUAUAGCGGCGCGAACAAUGGAGGUUUAAAUAACGGGCAUUGCUCAGGAGAUGACGUUCCUUAUACAGCUCCCGAUGCGAUAAUUGACGGCGAUGCCGAGCGAAAAUGCAAUUCUGUGAUCGGGAGUGAGAUAAAAACGGCGCAUCAAAUAAAGCAGGCGCAGCAAAAGGAGCAACAGCAUUGGGGAGAUGCAGGAAUUUUUGGACUUUCGACAGCGUUUCCGGCUUCAGGGGGGAAUUCGAACAAAUGUUAUUCACCGUUUGAGCCAAAUUGUCAGAGAACGUCGCCCGGCGGAUUUAAUAGUGACUUUUUUGGGAGGAUGGGAGAUUAUCCGAAGCAAAAUUAUUUUGCCACAAACUCGCAUUUCUCGCCGAGGAAUAAUUUUUCACCCGAAUUGGGGGGACACAGUAAUUAUUAUGAUAACGGUGCAAAUUCCAAAUAUGAUGAUACGAGUUUCUUGCAAAGUUUGCAACCGGGACAGCGGUUAAAUAGUGAGGUCACAAUUCAUAACAUCAACGAAGCAAAGUUCCUGCGCGAUCAACAUGCAGACUCAAAUGGCAUUGAAAUAACGCGAAUUCAAACACCCGGCAUGGAUGUUACGGGAGAUGCAUCGCACACAGGGGAACGCAUCACUCUAAACGAGUUACUGAAAAAUACUUCGCUGUAUCAGAACAAACAACUUCUCGAUAUGGCAGCUGAUUCUACGGAUUUUUCAGAUAAUCUCUUUUCGUCUCGCACAACGGACUCUCCCUUCAACAAUCACUUUUACGAUGCACCAAUUAAGCCUCCGCCAUCGUCGAUGAAAGGCGUUAUCGGUUUAAAUCGUGCUCCGGGAUCAAAAUCAAAGUCAUCUGAUAGCCCAUCGUCGUCGUUAUUCGGGGAAUUCUCGUCGUCGUUGAGUAUGAGUAGCAGUAAUACGCCGCCAAGUGCUGACGAUCCCCUCGUUGAUUUCGGUUCGAACUCAGAUCCGAUCUACUAUGACACGAACAAGAAUGGAUCGCAUGGACUUGGCGUGAUCGGGGGCGAAAUUAAGGCUGUUCAAGCGAAUAUCGACUAAAAAUUCACUUUUUUUCCCAAAAAAAAUAAAUAAAUAACCGAACAAUUAUUACCUAUAAAUGUCCUUCAAUAGAUUACCAUGAUGCAAUAUGAUUAUACGAAAAGCAGCUCAUCGCAAGCAAAAAAAAACUCAAGAAAGGAAAUGUAAAUUUCAAUUUACUUAAUUUUGAAAAUCUAAGUAAUAUCAUCCUUAUAAACUACUUAAACAUACAGAAAAAUGAAAAAAAAUCAUGAAAAAAAUAA